ACGGGUUAGUACAGGUCGAAACUAUUAACCCUCGCAAACAGGCUUACGAUUUUUGUUUGUUUGUGUUUAUUUUUCACUGGACUGUUUGGCCACAAGAUGAAACGACAGAAUAUAAAUAAGACCGUGUUGACGAGCCUGGCGUUAUGCUGUUUCCUCGCUGUUACUCAAGGAGCAGAAAUCCUUGCCUUUGCAGUGAGUAACAGCUACUCCCACUUCACCGUGAUGGAGCCACUCUUCCUACAGUUGGCUGCGAGAGGCCAUCAGAUUACCGUAGUCUCCAGCUUCCCGCAGAAGAACCCUCCGCCAAACUACCACGACAUUGCCGUGGGACAUCUUCUCGUCCCUAUCCAGAGCAACCUCUCCGUGCAGACUGCCACCGAAAUGGGGAAGGAUUCUUUCCGCAACAUGGUGGAGAUCUGGGACGCAGGUACUCGAAUGUGUGAGAGAGUUCUCAAGUCCGGAGAGCUUCGAGACCUCUACAACUCCACGGCACACUUCGACCUCGUCAUCGCCCACACUUGGACCUAUGAGUGUUUCUCUGUCUUCGCACACAAGUUCAACACACCCAUCGUCUCCUUCGUGACCAGCUCGGCACUCCCAUGGGUCAACCCGAGGGUAGGCAACCCCGACCACCCGGCCUUCGUCAUCAACAACUUCCUGAACGUGGACGAAGACAUGAAUAUCUACCAGAGGACGGUGAACACAGCGGCUUGGCUGUUUUCCACUGUGGGAGUCGGACCUUUGAAUUACGAAAGGUCGGACGCUUUUGUGAGGAAGUAUCUUGACCCAGAGGCUCCUUCCGCGGUCGAGACUAUGAAGAGAACUUCUUUAGUGAUGGUCAAUAGUCACUUCACCCUUCUCCAGUCGAGGCCGUUCGUACCAAACUUUGUUGAAGUGGGUGGAAUCCACGUGAAAGACCCAAAACCUCUACCGAAGGAUCUGCGCAAGUUCCUGGACGCAGCAACUGAAGGAGUUGUGGUGUUCAGUCUUGGAUCGAUUGUCAGAUCCGCUUCGAUGCCUAACAGCUCUCUGAAGGCCCUCAUGGAUGCUUUCGCCGAACUUCCACAGAAAGUUGUGUUCAAGUUCGAGGAGGAUGUCCAAGACAAACCCAGCAAUGUGAUGUUGAGAAGAUGGCUGCCUCAGAGGGAUAUCUUAGAACACCCAAAUGUAAAAGCCUUCAUGGGACACGGUGGCCAGUCCAGUACCAUAGAAGCUGUCUACACCGGCACACCCAUGGUGGGGCUUCCACUCUUCUCAGACCAGUACAGCAACAUUCGUUCUCUUGUGCUGCGAGGAACAGCUGUCCAGUUGGAUGUUAGGCGACUUACCAAAGAGAGCGUGUCGCAAGCACUGCGUCAGGUGUUACAGGACCCUAGCUACAAAGAAAACGCCCGCCGGCUCUCCCAAGAGUUCCGCGACCGCCUCGCCUCCCCUUUGGACACAGCUGUCUACUGGACAGAAUACGUCCUCCGCCACCGCGGUGCCCCUCGGCUGAGGUCAAGGGUCGCUGACCUCCCAUGGUACAGGUUCCUGCUACUAGACGUCGCCGCAGUCCUCUCACCAUUAUUAGUAUUAGCUUAUUUUGUAGUCAAGUUCCUAGUCAAGUCCACCCUGUAUUAUCUCUUUAGUGUAUUUGUUAGUACAAAGAAACCAAAGUAUGACUGAUAUUUUAGGUUAGGUUUUGUAAUAAAAUUUAUAAAA